UUUCGCCAGAAAAUCUAUUUUUUAAACUUGCAGAUUUCAAAAUGGCGGCAAAGCGAGCUCGACGUGAGUUUGCCGGAGCUAAGAUGGCGACUUUGCUUGACAAGGAAGAAGAGGACGAUUUCUACAAGACGACCUACGGCGGGUUCUCCGAGGAGGUUGACGACAGGGAUUUUAACUAUCAGUCCCCGCACGAGGAGGAGGACGAGGUGGACUCGGAUUUCUCUAUUGACGAGAACGACGAACCUAAAUCUGACCAGGACGAUGACGAACCUAAGAAAAAAAUGCGCCGAGCUGCCGGAGUUCAAACCAAAGCAUACAAGGAACCAGCUCGGAGAGCCGAGGUUAAACCUAAACCUGCUCCUAAACCUAAACCUAAACCUGUUCUUCUUCCCACAUCUCCGGAGUAUGGACGGAGAUUAACGAUGCGCGCAUCUACUGCGCAGAAAACCUCCGAGAUAAUAAAGACGAUGAAGCAGCGAGAUGCGGAGGCGCGGAGGAGGAAAAUGAAAAUGAAAAAACAUAACAAGGUGGAGCGGAAGUUGACCCAAGAGGAGAUUAUGGCUGAGGCUAAGUUGACCGAAAGAUUAAAUCUCGCGAGUUUAAAGAAAUAUGAAGAAAUGGAACUAGAAGCAAAAAGAAAAGCAAUGCGGAGUGGAAAGCGUGAAAUCAAAGGACCAGUUAUAAGGUACCACUCAACCAGCCUACCCUUGGUUCAGGAGUUCAAGAAUACAGACCUCAAGCCGGAGCUAGAAACUGAUGAUGCAGAAGAUGAUGAUGAAAAGAAACCUAAUCCAAGAAGACAUGAGAGAACACUUAUAUCCUUUACAGAUAAACAAACAAUGAAAGAAAACUUUCCAAAAUCCAGGUUCCAGGUUCCAACUCCCAAGAUCUGCCCAGUAACCCGCCUUCCCGCCAAAUAUUUUGAUCCCGUGACGGAGCUCCCUUACGCAAACCUUCAAGCAUUCAAAAUAUUACGGGAAGCGUAUUAUCAACAGCUGGAGGCGAAAGGUGACCGCAGUGAUCCUGAGGUGGCAAGCUGGUUAGAGUGGAGAGCCAAGAACAAACCAACCAAACCUAUUCUUGCGAGUAUUAACCGCCCCCCGGCAUCAUUUGCCAGUAUGGCCGCAGGGGUAAAUAGACCUGUACCCGUUAAAUCACAACCGCCGGCGGUUCAACCCCAACCCAAUGUUUUAACGCCAGUAACGGCUGCUGUAGUUGUCCCUAAACAACCUGUAGUGCUACCAACAAGACCUGUUAUCUGCUCAACAGCAUCUCUACAAACAGUCAGAGCUAUGACAAGUCAGGCUGUGGCUGUUACAACUGGUCGUACUAUAGCUACAACAACACUAACAGCAGCACAGCUCCAACAGCUUGCAGCUGCUCGAGGACAAGUGUUCUCUGCUCUUCAGUCUCAGCUGAAGGCAGGAACAGCCAGCUUUACAAUGUCAACUGGAGCAGGCGGAGUUAGGCAGGUUGCUGUUUCUCAAAUAAGCGGGCUAUCUCGCCCCGGUCAGCUAAUAAGUGGUCAGGCCCUAGUGCGCGGGCAAACUGGUCUUAUCGUGUCACAGCAGCCACGGGCACAAACAGUAACAGUUCAAAGACCUCAGCAGGUGGGAAUAGUAUCAACUGGGCGGGGCGGGAUUAAACAACAGAUAAUGGUUGCCAGCAACUCCCCUGGAAUAGUUCGUGGUACUCCUCAGCUAAUGGUUGCAACCUCCACCCCUCGUCCUCGACCUGGCCAGGUUGUGGUUGUGAGUAGUAGCAACCAGUCCCGGCAGCAUUACGUCAUAAGUACCAGUCAGUCCGGUAGCCCGGCCCAGCUGGUUGCUCUCACAGGAGGACAGACGGUCAGACCGGGACAAAUAGUGCAGGUGUCUGGUCAACCUGGUCAGCAUCAGAUAGUUGUAUCACAAGGAGGUCAAAUAGUUCUCCAGCCUCCAACCAGUAAACAACUAUGAGAUAGCGCCCCCUGGAGCAAGGUUUGUUUCUAGCCUGUGCUUCUAUCCUCGGAAUAUUUAUUUAUUAGUUAAGACCCUUAUUCUUGGCAGAGGCUUUGUAGAUUAGCGCUAUCUCAUACACAAGUUUCAACCUCUGAUCUCAUCCACUCUAAUGUUAUUGUGCAGAAUUUGUAAAAAGUUCUCCGAACUAUUUUUUCUUUGUCCUAUUUUUAUAUUUUUUUAUUCUUAACACCAAAUUUUCAGCUACAUAAUGAAAGAAAUUUGAUUUUUUGAUUUUGUUUUUUUCAAAUUUGAGAAAUUAAAACUUUUUUUGGUGUAAAUUCAUAUAUUUGCUUUCGUUAUCUCAAGCUGUUUUGUGUACAAUACAUCGUCAAAAAAAUUAUUAAUCCAGAUAAAUUCCUUGAAACUUUUAAUUAAUAAUUUAAAAAAAAAAUUUAAUUUAGUUAAAUUGUAUUUAUAACAAUCAUUGUCUGUACAUACAUGAUUAUUAAAUAUAUUAUGCGAACCUGUUGA